GGUGUACAGCGUCACAACUGUAAAGCCUGUAUGUUUGAUGAUGAUCUUAGUUCUUGAGAUUUUAGAAAUAUGUCUCCAUUCCCAAAUUCCCUCUGUCAUCAACCCAGACCAACCCCGCCAUCAAUCCUUUCCAAGCUCCUGCCCCGCGCCCCCGAGACAAUGCCGAGUCGCCCUUCCCCAGAGCUGAUUAUCAAAAGUGGGGCCCCCGUGCAUGGAUCCACGGACCCCUGUUCGCGUCUCGUUCCCAACGUUGGGACAGAUUUCAUGCGCAACUUGAACCCCGAAUGAGAACUUCUUCACCAUAAUCUCAGUUCCUCACUUCUCUCUCACGAUUCUCAUUUGUUCUGUCUUUUUCACUCACAAAGUAAACGCGAAAAUGGAUCACUCUCACCACGACCAUUCCCAUCAUGAAAUGAUGGACCACUCGGCUCACAUGGGCCACGGUGAUCACGGCGGUGAUGGCCAAAACAUGUGCAACAUGAACAUGCUCUUCACCUGGGACACCAACAACCUCUGCAUCGUCUUCCGCCAAUGGCACAUCUCCUCCAACUUUUCCCUCUUCGUCUCCCUCCUCGCCAUCGUCGCCCUCGGCGCCGGCUACGAAGCCCUCCGUGAAGCCAUCCGUCGCUAUGAAGCCGCAGUCACCAGACGGGCCAACUCCGUCCCUCGAGAAAUCGAGUCUCGAUAUCAAGACGAGGAAGAUCAUGAACAAGAUGCUGAGACAGCCCCCUUCUUUGGCGCUGUGAUUACAGGCCAGAACAGAGACGAGGUUACCAAGCGCGCGCACAUCAUGAAGAGUGUCUUGUAUGCGGUACAGAACUUUUAUGCUUUUAUGAUCAUGCUCAUCUUCAUGACUUACAACGGCUGGGUCAUGCUCGCCUGCUCCUUUGGCGCCGGCCUCGGAUACCUCUUGUUUGGCGGCCAGACCACCGUAGCAAAGGAGACAGCCUGCCAUUAACGAUUUCUACUGUGUAAUCUAGUCUCAUGUGAUCUACCUGUCUCACGCCCAAAAGAAUAGACCAUUUCAUGAUUCAUACCCAAAACAAUCAUCUCACAUCUUACUGCCUUCCUCCUUCUUGGUCAUAAUCUCCCCCGCCUUCUUCACAUCCUCUUUGGUGACUGUACUCCCCCGUCUCUUCUUCUCCCCCAGCCUCCCCAACCUUUCCAAUCCCUCAAUGAUCCUCUCAUCUCCAAAAUGACUGUUAUGCUCAAACUCUGGCUUCUCCCCAUACGCAAUCGUGGCCGCAUCCACCAGAAUCCGAGCGGUCAUCCCCCAGACUUUGUACCGCUUUUCCUCUUCAACUGGCUCCUCAUCAGGGCUGUGAUCUUCAGCCAGUGAUGCCAAACCCCCCUCACGAAUUUUAGGUUUAGUAACCCUCUGGUUAGUGACCGGGACAUAAAAAAAGUGCAUCCGCCAGGGCUCCUCGUGCCAUUCCGUCCAGGAGCCAUUAUACCACUCCCCUUCUACCUUUUCGUGACCAGGUUCAUCGGUUGACCUGAGGAAGUUGUGAAACGGGGCGGAGAACACGGC